CCAGUAAUGAUUGCUAUAAUAAUAACCUUUCUUUGGAUGCAGCUCUGGCUUUCCUUAGGUAAGCUGCAGGUAACAGGGGCAAGCGCAAGGUCCGCAGCCGCAGGAUGUGGGGCAGCAGGUGAUGCAGAAAUAGCAAGAAUGAAAAACAUGCAGAAGAAGGAAAAAUGAGCCAAUUAUCAGCAUUGCUAAUGAGCAUGGCGUUAGUAAACCUUUCUUACAUUUAAAGUGGAUUUGUCAAGGUUCCUUCAGUGUUGAUUGCAUCAAGGCGAUGUACCCUGGCUGCGCAUGGAGCUGGGGGCUGUGAGCUGGGGAGGGUAUUAGAAUCUGCCUCUGAUGCCCCAUCUCUGGGUGCUGGUCCAAUGCAGCUCAUCAUGUGUUCCUGUACAGACGUCUCGGUGCUGCACUCAGGCCUUUAAAGGGCUUUAAAGGGACUGACCUUGGCUCCGUUCUUGCGCCCCUCCUAUUGCAUUUGGGUAUUUUUUUUCUUUUGCCCUUUCUUUCUUUUUUUUUGCUCCGCGUUCACCAUGGGCUCCCAGCUGUGGCUUCUCACAGACAGGCAGAUCCUGGAGGAUUAUCCACAGACGCGGAUCUCGGAAGCGCUGAAGCUGAGAUGCCGGGAACAAGAAGUGGGGUUCGCUUUGGUUUUAAUGGAGCACAUAGCCCUCACUGUCACCGACGGACACUUGGGCUUGCAAAUUAACCAGAAGAUUGUGACUGCUUACCCUCAGGUGAUACUGGUUCGGUUGCCAACCCCAACGGUGCAGUCUGAUAGCGCUAUAACGGUUUUGAGACACCUUGAAAAGCUAGGUUGCCGUCUAGUGAAUCAUCCGAAAGCCAUUUUAAACUGUGUGAAUAAGUUCUGGACAUUUCAAGAGCUCGCGGGCCACGGGAUACCCUUACCUGACACUUUCUCCUACGGCGGCCACGACGACUUCUCCAAAAUGAUACAAGCAGCCGAACCGCUCGGGUAUCCUGUGGUUGUGAAAAACACACGAGGAUAUCAAGGAAGAGCCGUAUUUCUUGCCAGGGAUAAGCACCACUUACUGGAUCUAUCCCACCUAAUGCGGCACGACGCGCCAUACCUGUUCCAGAAGUAUGUGAAGGACUCGCACGGGAAGGGGGUCCGCGCGGUGAUUGUCGGGGGGAGACUGAUUGGCUCCAUACUGUGCUGCUCCACGGAUGACCGAAUGCAAAGCAGCUGCUGUUUAGGAGGUACGGCUGUCAGCUGUGCCCUCAGCGAGCAGGGGAAGCUGUUAGCCUCGCGAGUCUCUUCUAUCCUCGGCGCGGACGUGUGCGCCAUCGAUCUUCUCCUGCAGGAUAAUGGAUCUUUCGUGGUUUGCGAUGCUGAUGCGAACGUCAGCUUUGCCGAGUUUGACCAGGCGUGGAAAUUAGAUCUGGGAAGCGUUAUAGCGGAUUACGCGCUAUCCCUCCUCCCCGGGAAGAUACGGCAGGAGACGCCUCCGCUAUCUGCAGCCCCCGGGGCCGAGGAAACCCAGGAGACUCCAGGACAGGAGCCGUCCGCAAGCUGCAGCCGUAUAGAGGACAUCAAGGAUUGUCCGAACGUGCCAAAGCCGCGUCCCCCGGCCCCGUCUGAUUGCACUCACAACACGGACAAGUAAUCUACCUCCUCACGCAUGGUGUAUGUAACCUACAGGGACCUCCGCGGCGACACGGGGGCUGAUGGACAAAUGUUUUAGCCUCUCUAAAAGGACUAAUGCUGCUUCCUUCUAUCUGACAUGUAUUACAAACGCUUACCUGCACAGCGAUGGUUA